CACGCUCUUCCUUCCACAUUUCUCCAAAUAUAAAAUAGAUGUUAUGUGGGGAGUAAUGAGCCCCAUUCAUUAUCAUGUCUCCCACAUCACUCUAGUUUAGCUUCUGUUUUCUUAUUCCCUAGUCAUUGGUUGGUAUAAUUUUCUCUUUCUUUUUGCUUUUUUAAAAAGAUUUAUGAUUUGGAAUUAUUCUGGGUUUUGCAGAAGACAGGAGCCAUCGUUGAUUGAUGCAGUAUAGAUAUUACUUUUUAUUACAGAGGUUUCUAAAUGGGAAAGGAUUAUAGUGGAUCCCCAAAGCUUCAACUGCGGGAAUUAAAGAGAAAACGUCUCAUGUGGGUGUUAGUUGUUAGUGGUCUAUGUGUGUUUUUCUAUGUUCUUGGGGCUUGGCAGGGUUCUCGUGCUCCAACCAGUCAGUCUGAACUCUACUCCAGAGUUGGAUGUGAUGUUGGUUCAACUAAGAAGACGAGCAAUGAACAGGUUCCAUCAUCAUCCUGGGAUCCACAACCGGUGUCAGACCCACUAGACUUUGAAAGCCAUCAUCAGUUAGAAGUUAACAGUUCUGAGGAAUCGCAAAAAUUCCCGCCAUGUGAUAUGUCAUUCAGUGAAUACACUCCAUGCCAAGAUCGACAAAGGGGUAGGAAAUUUGAUCGAAAGAUGAUGAAGUAUAGAGAGAGGCAUUGCCCUAAAAAGGAAGAGUUAAUCCGCUGCCUUAUACCUGCCCCACCAAACUACAAGGCCCCUUUCAAAUGGCCACAGAGCCGGGAUUAUGCAUGGUAUGCUAACAUCCCUCACAAGGAGCUUAGUAUAGAGAAAGCAAAUCAGAAUUGGAUCCAAGUCGAAGGAGAUCGCUUCAGAUUUCCUGGGGGAGGCACGAUGUUUCCACGUGGUGCUGAUGCUUAUAUUGAUGAUAUUAAUGAACUUAUCCCCCUUAGUGAUGGAACCAUUCGAACUGCUGUUGAUACAGGUUGUGGAGUUGCAAGUUGGGGUGCUUACUUGCUAAAGAGGGACAUAAUAGCAAUGUCUUUUGCUCCAAGAGAUACACAUGAAGCACAGGUUUGGUUUGCAUUAGAACGAGGCAUUCCAGCUAUGAUUGGCAUCAUGGGUUCACAGAGACUUCCAUAUCCUGCGAGGGCUUUUGAUAUGGCUCACUGUUCACGGUGCCUUAUCCCGUGGUUCAGCAAUGAUGGAAUGUAUCUGACUGAAGUAGAUAGGAUUUUGAGGCCCGGUGGUUAUUGGAUACUUUCUGGCCCUCCGAUUCGUUGGAAGAAAUACUGGAGAGGUUGGGAGAGGACCAAAGAAGACUUGAAGCAGGAGCAAGAUUCAAUCGAGGAUGUUGCUAAACGACUCUGUUGGAAGAAAGUGAUUGAAAAAGGAGAUCUUUCUGUGUGGCAAAAACCUUUCAAUCACGUCCAGUGUAUCAAGAACAAAAAGAUAUAUCGUACGCCGCAUAUCUGCAAAUCGGACAAUGCUGAUGCAGCUUGGUACAAGAACAUGGAAACUUGCAUAACCUCGCUGCCAGAGGUAAGCAGCUCUGAUGAGGUCGCGGGAGGCAAACUAGAGAAAUGGCCAGAGCGUGCCUUUGCUGUUCCGCCAAGAAUUAGCAGUGGAUCAAUCCCAGGUGUCACUGUUGAGAAAUUCCAACAGGAUAACGAAAUGUGGAAGGGUCGUGUGGCACAUUACAAACAUGUUGUUAGUCAAUUACAUCAAGGACAAUAUCGAAAUGUAAUGGACAUGAAUGCUUAUUUUGGUGGAUUCGCUGCAGCCAUGAUGAAAUACCCAGUAUGGGUUAUGAAUGUGGUCCCCACAAAUUCAGAUGUUGACACAUUAGGAUUGAUUUAUGAGCGCGGUUUCAUUGGUACAUAUCAAGAUUGGUGUGAAGCAUUCUCAACAUAUCCACGAACAUAUGAUCUCAUUCACGCAGGCGGUGUCUUCAGCAUAUAUCAGGACAGGUGUGACAUUACAUACAUUCUCCUUGAGAUGGAUAGGAUCCUACGACCCGAAGGGACUGUUAUAUUCAGAGAUGUGGUUGAAGUCUUGGUGAAGAUUAAAAGUAUAACAGACGGAAUGAGAUGGGAAAGUCGAAUCAUGGAUCAUGAAAGUGGACCAUUUAACCCUGAGAAGAUUCUCCUAGCCAAGAAAAGUUAUUGGACUGGUGAAGCCAAACAAGAACAGCGCUAGUCCUGCAGAAUUCAAGUUGAGAUAAGGAUGCUCACCAAAAUUCUCAGCCACAAGGCACGUUUUCUGUAUUUGUAGAAGUUAUUGAUUUUCCCUGUAAGAAAACUCCUUUAGCUUCUAAAUUUAUUACUUGUCAUCUAUGUAUAAUUCAGCUUCAGCCGGUUAGUCAGGAUAGAAAAGCUGGUCUUGAUUUAAAUAUUAAGCCCCUAUUUGAGCUCCAUUUUUUUGGACAA